AUGUCAAUAUCAACUAUAGGAGCUGCUGCACAGAAUCUUGAAGAAGAAGGUGUUCUUGGAGCGAAAGAUUUGGUUGGGAUAAAAGGUUUUGAAAACCUUGUUGGGGUGGGAGGUCUCGGAAGCCUUGUUGGGGUAGGUCUUGUUGGGGUAGGUCUUGGAAGCCUUGUUGGGGUGAAAAAUCUUGGAAGUCUUGUUGGAGGUUUUGUUGAGAUGAAAGGUCUUGUUGUAAUUCGGGAUCUCAUUAAAAUAAAAUAUUUUAAAAUAAGAAGUUUUGUUAAAUUAAAGUUGUGA